CCCCUUCCCUCCCCUCGCAGCGCAGACGCGGGCCCGGGCAGGGAGCCGAGCCGAGUCGAGCCGCGGCGGACAGGAGCUGGUCCCCGCGGGCGGGGGCUCUGAGGCGUCGGCGCGGAGCGGAGGUGCUGAAUAGCCAUUAACAAGAUGGCUUCACCAGGUCCCCCAGGAACUCGUAUGACCUCUACAGUCAGCAUCAAUAUUUCUACCCCUACCUUCUACAACCCUCAAAAGAAGUUUGCUCCUGUGGUUGCUCCCAAACCUAAAGUGAACCCCUUCAAAGAUGGGGGAGCUGUACCUGUUGGUCCUUCUGAGUCACCUCUGCCACAGCCUCCUGGGGCUGGUGCACAACGUGCCCAAAUAGGGAAGGUGGGGGAGAUCCCACCAGCUUCUACACCUGAGCUUGCUGAAGAAUUGCCGCUGCCACCCCCACCCCCUCUGGGAGAGGAGAUGGCACUCUCUCCAAACAGUACUUUUCUCCCUCCACCACCACCCUUUGAAGAACCAUUCCCCCCAGCCCCAGAGGAGGUUUUUCCUUCUCCUCCUCCACCCAUGGCUGAGGGCCUUGGGACUGGAGUGUCCAUCCCACAGGUACGUGGGAAAGUGAGCAGCAUAGAUCUGGAGAUUGACUCUCUGUCCUCAAUGUUGGAUGACAUGGAGAAGAAUGACCCUUUCAAAUCCCGGGCAUCUCCUGGAUCUACAGUUCCCCUGAGAACACCUGCUCUUAAAAGCCAUGUGGAAACUAUGUCUGCAGUGAAAGAUCCUCCAGUUCCUGCUUCUUUCCCCCCCAAGAUCACACCAAAACCCAGUGGAGGCUUCACACCUAAACCUCCUGGGGUGGAUGUGGCCCCAGCUUCAACCCCUUGGGCAGCACCAGUGCAGUGCAGAAAAUCCCCAGCCACAGAGCCACAAGUGCCAGCUCCAGUUGCUCCUCCUUUACCAGCCCACCCUGCUCCUAAAUUCAACCCAUCACCCACUGUAAGCUCCCCCAAACUUGGAUCCAAACCAAGUGCUAGUGCUCCAGGUGUUCCCCCUAGCUCCAUGAGAUUUAAUGCUACUGUUCCUGGCCAGACCCGAUUUACAGCCCCUUCAGCUGGGGUUUCAGCUCCAAGGCCACAGCCCCCUACUUUUGCCUAUGCCCAGCAACGGGAGAAACCCCCAGUACAGGAGAAGCUGCGUCCCACAGGACAGCCGCCUACUGUCUGUGACAAGCCAAGAAUCCCUGGAGGUACUGGCUCUGAAUCUCCCAGGGGUAACUCCUUGUUGACCAUGAAGGAGGUAGAAGAGCUAGAGAUGCUGACACAGAAGCUCAUGAAGGACAUGGAGCAGUCUCCGCAGGUGGAAGCUUCAACUUCUGCAGAGCUCUGUGGUUUUUGUCAGAAGCCCCUGUCACGAACUCAGCCAGCUGUGCGUGCCUUGGACUGCCUCUUCCAUGUUGAGUGCUUCACCUGCUUCAAGUGUGAGAAGCAGCUGCAGGGGCAACAGUUCUACAAUGUGGAUGAGAAACCCUUCUGUGAGGAGUGCUAUGCUGGCACCCUGGAGAAGUGUAGUGUCUGCAAACAGACUAUUACAGACCGGAUGCUGAAGGCCACAGGCAAUGCUUAUCAUCCUCAGUGCUUCACUUGUGUGGUGUGCCACUGCACUCUUGAGGGCACUUCUUUCAUUGUGGACCAGGCCAAUCAGCCCCAUUGUGUGGAUGACUACCAUAGAAAGUAUGCCCCCCGCUGCUCGGUUUGUGCUGAGCCCAUCAUGCCAGAGCCUGGGAAGGAUGAGACUGUCCGUGUGGUGGCACUGGAGAAAAACUUCCACAUGAAGUGCUACAAGUGUGAGGACUGCGGGAAGCCUCUGUCUAUUGAGGCAGAUGAGAGAGGUUGCUUUCCGCUGGAUGGGCAUGUGCUGUGUAUGAAGUGUCACACCACACGUGCCAAAGCUGUGCACUGAUUUGAGGCACACCCCUGACACAACUGCACCCUAAACUGCAUUUCCUUCCCCACAAUUGUCCAACUGUCUGCUGUGCAGGGCACAUUUCUCAAGGGACUCUGGAGAGUGAUAGCUUUCAUCAUAUGCAUAUUCUAUUUCCAGCCCCUCCCUUCAAGCACUCGUCAGGACAAGAUUCCCUUCUACAAUCCCCAGUUCCCUACCUGCAGUGCAUUCCAGACUGUGGGGAGUAACAUGGAAGUUGCAAGAGAUCGUUCUGUUCCCAUAAGCUGCCCUUAAAAGGACACAUCUUAGCAGCCCUAGAGAAAAGUGGCUUUGCUUCCAAUUCUGUCUUCACACUUUUGGCUCACUUGGUGAGAAUAAAAUACCUGAUGGCUGAGAGGUGGUCUAAAGCUCAGGGUACGUUCUGCUCUUUGGAGUAGAAGUACAGUUAUUUGGCAUUGAGAGUGACAAGAUGAUGGGUACUGCCAUCUGUUCCUUUUUCCUGCUGGCUCCCAAGGGCUCCUAUAGAUGCGCAGGGAGCCUGCUCUGACAUGCUAGAAAUUCCAGCACGUUGGAGUAAACUUGAUUACCCGAGUCUGUUGGAACAUGAAAAUUUAAUGCGCUCUGGCAGCCUUCUCUGUCAUGUGUAUCACCAUCCCCACGCUGAAAAGAUGGUGGUAGGGCACUUUGAAAUAAAACACAUUCAGUGAGCUUUAGUUCAAAGCGCCCUGCCACCAUUUUUUCAGUUUGGGGACAUAGAUGCACCUGAUGCGUGGGCACUUUUUUAACUGGCACAGCUUGCUAAUUAAAGCACCUGGUGCUGCAUCCCAGAGCACGUGUAAAAAUUCCCUAAGAUACCACUCUGCCCUUCCUUCUUCCUGACUUCAGACUAACACAGUUAACUACCUCUCUAGACUGGAAAAUGUUAAUAGCUUUCCUUUGAUGGAUCUUACUGGCUGGGUUAAACCAUAUGUAGAAGUUCCGUAUGUUUAGGGAACUUUCACGCUUCUUUCCAAAAGUUAGUUGCUUCCCAGAUCCUGUCAGCCAUUUUUAUCUGUGGCACUUGGUCUAGCCACCUCUGAGAAGCAAAAUUUAUCAGAAGUCCUGAGAGUGCAUUGUGGGGAAUGGCCACAGGGCACAAGGUGAAGAUCUGGUAGAAGGGUGUGUCUUCAACUGGUGAAAAUUGAUAAUCAAAAUGUACUGGCUGACUUUGCCUGUCACUGUCUUGAGCCCCUCUUUCUGGACUAGAGCCUCUUGGGGACCAAACAGGUAUUUUACAAUGGAUACUAUGUUGUCUAGCCACAGACAUCUAAUAAAACCUUUUCUUUUUUUUUUUU